CUUGUACAGGAAGGUUUCCUCCUUGGAGAUGUGAAAGGCGAAGCCAAGAACAGCAUUACUGACUCACAAAUGGAUGAUGUUGAAGUUGUUUAUACAAUUGAUAUACAGAAGCACAUUCCAUGCUACCAGCUGUUCAGCUUUUAUAAUUCUGCAGGAGAACUGAAUGAACCCGCCCUGAAGAAAAUAUUAUCAGGCUGCAAAAAGAGCAUAAUAGGAUGGUACAAAUUCAGACGCAACACAGACCAGACAAUGACAUUCCGAGAACGGCUUCUUCACAAGAAUUUGCAGUCACACUUCUCAAAUCCAAGCCUUGUCUUCCUUUUAUUAACUUCCAGCAUGAUGACAGAAAGUUGCUCUACUUACAGACUGGAACAUGCUUUACACCGACCACAAGAGGGUCUUUUUCAGAAAGUUCCUCUGGUGGUCACUAACCUGGGUAUGGCAGAACAGCAGGGGUACAGAACAGUGUCUGGUUCCUGCAUAUCUGCUGGCUUUGUGAGAGCAGUAAGACAGCACAGGUCAGAUUUCUUUUAUGAAGAUGGAUCUUUACAAGAGGUUCGUAAGAUUAAUGAAAUGUAUGCCACCUUGCAGGAAGAAUUGAAGAACAUAAGCUCUACAGUAGAGGUUAGUGAACGAUCUGUAGAGAAGCUCUUAGCAGAAGUGAAGCAGUUAAAAGAAGAAAUAAAGAGAAAGAAGCAACACAAACAUUCUCUGGGAGAGGACAAAAGCCACGCGGGAGAGCCCAAGGAGAAUGUUUUCCUUUGUCAGGCUUUGCAAACAUUUUUUCCCAAUUCUGGACUCCAGACAUGCACUGUUUCCUUCAAAGGCAGACAGAUAUUUAAGAACUGCUGUAAUACUGACCAUAACAUUAAUGUUGUAGACAAACUGACUCUCAUGGUAGAGGAAAGAGAUUUCACUGAAGCUGAAACAAGACAACUAACGAAACGUAAGGCCAGAGGGACCACAGCAGGACCAAAAUCAUUCAAGAAAUCAAGAUCCCUUCAGCUUCACCAAAAGUUACUUCGAGAUCAAGAGGACAGUGACCAGGACAGGAAGCUUACACUGAGCAGCACUGAAACAGAUGAGGAGGUGUUAGAAAAACUGAAGGAUACAACUGAAUACCCACAGUCUCCCACUUUCUAG